UUUGCACAAAUACUGAACCUUUUUUAAGUAUGAAAUCUUACAUGGGGUGCUAUGCCUACAGAUCCAUAUGCUGAUAUGAUUUUGGUUGAUGGAAUCACUCUGCUAUGCACUGACCUUCAGGUUGAUCCUCAGGAUAUUGUCAUGUUGGUAGUCUCAUGGCAUAUGAAGGCAGCUACUAUGUGCGAAUUUUCAAAGCAGGAGUUCAUGGGCGGUUUACAAUCUCUUGGGAUAGAUUCACUGGAUAAGUUCAGAGAAAGAAUAUCAUUCAUGCGAUCUGAACUAAAAGAUGAACAAAAAUUCCGAGAGAUCUAUAACUUUGCAUUUGGAUGGGCAAAAGAGAAAGGUCAGAAGUCUUUGGCAUUGGAUACAGCAAUUGGGAUGUGGCAGUUGCUAUUUGCAGAGAAGCAGUGGCCACUAGUUGAUCAUUGGUGCCAGUUCUUGCAGGCACGACAUAACAAAGCCAUCUCACGGGACACCUGGUCCCAACUGCUGGAGUUUGCAAGGACCGUGGACCAUGCAUUUUCAAACUACGAUCCUGCAGGUGCUUGGCCAUAUCUCAUCGACGAAUUUGUUGAGUACUUGACCGAAAAUAGCAUAAUUCAAAAGGGUAAGUUGAGUGAUUGGAGCUACGAGCUUUGAGGGGUUGCUUUCCCUUGGAUCGAUGAUUAAAUCAGGAGUUGGCUUCAAAUGGAAUUGUAUACCCAUAUUUUUACUGACCAUUUUAUCGAUUUUGGAAUAAGCAAUUACUGAUUUGGUUUGUAUAAUUUAAUAGAUGCACUUGACUAUGAGUGGCAAUAUUUAUUUGUUGAAUUAGUACCUAUCCUUUUAGAAUUAA